AUGGAAUCACGUAGUCAGGGAAUGGAAUUUGCAGGUAAGUCUAAAUCAUUUAAUCAACCUUCAAAUAUUUCGGAAAUUGUUAGUAAAUUUGCGAAAGUAUGCAAGCUUAGAUCCGUUGGUGUUUUUAAUACAUCUGAAAGCCAGUACCAUAGUCAUAAUCACCAGCAAUUUUUCCACAAUACUGCACAAUCAUUAGCUGAAGAGAGCAGCAGGGAUGCCACUGAAGAGGCUGAGUUUGAUGCCGAGAAAAUCCAUUCGCAAUCUGCCGAGACACGAAAAGAAGGGAAUAAGUGUGGGCAUAUGGAGAUCUUGAAAUUGUUUAGCACACUUUCAGCUUUGAAAUUAGCAUAUGUUAAGCUCCAAGAAGCUCACAUCCCUUAUAAUCCUGGAAAGAUUAGAGCUGCUGAUGAGAACGUUGUGUCUGAGCUUGAAUCACUGUGCAAGAUUAAGAGGGCUUACAAGGAGAAGCUAUUGAAGGAAUCGAAUACAUUACCUGCUUGCUCAGCUCUUUUGCUUGCUGAAACUCAGGUUGAAGAGAAGGUUUUGGAGAAGUUGAAGUAUAAAUUGAAGGAUAAAGACAAUGAGGUGGUUGAUUUGCAGCAACAACUACGGGCCAUAGUGACGAGGAACAAAGAGUUGACUGAAGGGAUACUGGAACAAGAAAAGAAGAGAAUUAAGGCUUUUACACACUCUUCUUUUGAGGACGUUGUCAAGGCAGCUGGAAAGGCUAUUCAUGAUUUUGCCAAGCCUUUAAUUGCCUUAAUGAAAGUUUCUGAUUGGGAUCUAGACCAGGCUGCAAAUGCAAUAGAAAAUUCUGUUGUGUACGCCAAGAGAUCCCAUAAAAAGUAUGCAUUUGAAGCUUAUGUCGUCCGGAGAAUGUUUCAUGGGUUUCAGCCUCAACUCUACAAUGCAGAUAAUAUUUUGAAAUCGGGUGAUCCAAUUGAUGCUUUGAUUGAAGAUCCACAAUCUAGUUUUGCCAAGUUUUGCAGAACAAAAUAUCUACUAGUAGUUCGUCCCGAGAUGGAAAUAUCAUUUUUCGGCAACUUGGACCAUAGGACUUUUGUGGCUAAUGGGAUGCAUCCACAUACUCCUUUUUAUCGUGCAUUUGUCAAAAUGGCAAGAUGGGUUUGGUUUUUGCUGGGAUUUACAGCUUCUAUUGAGCCUAAAGUUGAAAUGUUCGGAGUUAAGCAGGGAAGUGAAUUCUCGGAUGUUUACAUGGAAUUUAUAGAGGAGCUGAAGGAAUACAAAGCUUUGUUGGAUAAAGGUCAUGGAAGCUACAAAGUUGAGUUCAUGGUCAUGCCUGGUUUUAAAAUAGGGGAGAGUUUAAUCAGGUCUCAAGUCUAUGUCUCGAAAACGGGAUUGUCAAAUGAAACAUUCUAG